GCCGUUGAGGACCGUGACGGUCCGGAGCGGCGAGAGUUUCACAGGAGAAGCGGAGGAAGGAGCGGAGGAGCCCUUCAAGCGCCACCCUCACCUGCCGCCGCGCUCGCCCAGCUCUCCGCGGCGGAAACAUGCUAGUUGACAGAAGCGCGCGUCCUCCUCUCGUGCCUUCGCCGACACCUUCAGGGAGUUCGCUGGUCCCGGCGCCCCGGCCGGGAGGCGAUGUGUAGGCGCAGCCGUCCGACGGACUGAGCCCCGCGGAGUUUGGAUGUAGAGAAGCUUCAAUUCGUUGACUCCGGAGAAAAGCAGCGCGGCGGAUGUAGCCUUCGGGGAGGAGGUUCAGAAAGCGAAACACUGUACCUGCCACGGUGUCUCCUUCUUCUUCUUUUUCGCCUCUCUCCCCGCGGCUCGUCCUCCUGUGAGCUCCGCUCCGCUCCGCUUCGCCUGGCCGUGCAGUGGGAGAGACAGGGGGGGCAGCCAUGCAGGUGAAGAAGCACCGGGACUCGAACCGGAGCGGCGGGGACAUGCUGCAAGGAGACGGUCCCCGCAAAAAGUCCUCCUGCUUCUCGAAUAUCAAGAUAUUCUUGAUAUCGGAAUGCGCCCUCAUGCUGGCGCAGGGCACCGUCGGAGCGUACCUGGUGAGCGUGCUGACCACUCUGGAGCGGCGGUUCAACCUGCAGAGCGCCGACGUCGGAGUGAUAGCCAGCAGCUUUGAGAUCGGCAACCUGGCGCUGAUCUUGUUCGUCAGCUAUUUCGGGGCCAAGGCUCAUCGGCCCCGGCUGAUCGGCUGCGGGGGCAUCGUCAUGGCACUCGGCGCUUUCCUGUCCGCUUUGCCCGAGUUUCUGACCAAACAGUACGAGAUUGGGGAAAUGUGGAGGACUGACGUGGGCCGGGACAUUUGCUCCAACAGCAGCAGCGCGCAGGCCCAGGAGGCCGAGGACGCCGUGUGCGCCAACAGAACCAACACCAACAUGAUGUACCUGCUGCUGAUCGGGGCCCAGGUCCUGCUGGGGAUCGGAGCCACGCCGGUGCAGCCUCUGGGGGUUUCCUACAUCGAUGAUCACGUGAAGAAGAAGGACUCGUCGCUCUAUAUAGGCAUCCUCUUCUCCACCCUGGUGUUCGGACCGGCCUGCGGCUUCAUCCUCGGCUCCCUCUGCACCAAGUUCUAUGUGGAUGCGAUGUUCAUUGACACCAGUGAGUCCAGACUGGGCAUCACUCCGGACGACCCGCGGUGGAUCGGCGCCUGGUGGGCAGGCUUCCUGCUCUGCGGUGCCUUGCUCUUCUCCUCGGCUCUCCUGAUGUUCGGCUUCCCUCAGUCGCUGCCGAGGGAGAGGGAGGAAGGAGCGGAGAGCGAGCAGGUUAUGCUCCCUUCCCCUCUGAGCCCAGAGUAUGAGACACCGAAGGCCUGCAACGGAGCCGUUCCCAGCCACGAGCCUGCCAACAGCGCCACCUGCUGUCAGCAGCUGAGAGUGAUUCCGAAGGUGACCAAGCACCUCCUGUCGAACCCGGUCUUCACCUGCAUCAUCCUGGCCGCCUGCAUGGAGAUCGCCGUGGUGGCUGGAUUCGCAGCCUUCCUGGGGAAAUACCUGGAGCAGCAGUUCAAUCUCACCACCACCUCAGCGAACCAGCUGCUCGGUAUGACAGCCAUUCCGUGCGCCUGUCUGGGGAUCUUCAUGGGCGGCCUGCUGGUGAAGAAGCUCAACCUCUCGGCCCUGGGCGCCAUCCGCAUGGCCAUGCUGGUCAACCUGAUCUCCACCGCCUGCUACGUCUCCUUCCUGUUCCUCGGCUGCGACACGGGUCCCGUCGCAGGAGUCACCGUCAAAUACGCAAACGAGACUCUGCGGCCAGGCAUGAAACCGGAGGCUCAGUGCAUCAGUCACUGCAACUGCUUCACCUCCUCCAUCAGCCCCGUGUGCGGCUCCGACGGCGUCACCUACCUGUCUGCGUGCUUCGCCGGCUGCUCCCGCACAGGAGUCGCUCAGACCACGUCGACCGUCACCCAGAACCUGACGGGCUGCUCCUGCAUCCCCUCUGAGAGCGAGGUGGCCGCUGCCGUCCCCGGGAAGUGUCCCAUGCCGGGCUGCCAGGAGGCCUUCCUCAUCUUCCUGUGUGUGAUCUGUGCCUGCAGCCUGGUGGGAGCCAUGGCCCAGACGCCGUCCGUCAUCAUCCUCAUCAGGACCGUGAGCCCCGAGCUGAAAUCGUACGCACUGGGAGUUUUGUUCCUUUUGCUCCGACUCAUCGGAUUCAUUCCCCCUCCUCUGAUCUUCGGCGCCGGGAUCGACUCCACCUGCCUCUUCUGGAGCUCGGACUGCGGCGACAAGGGCGCCUGCCUGCUGUACGACAACGUGGCGUACAGGCACCUCUACGUGAGCCUGGCCAUCAUCCUCAAGGGCGUGGCCUUCCUCCUCUACACCACCACCUGGUAUUGCCUGCGCAGGAACUACAAGAAGUACAUCAAGAGCCACGAGGGCAACAUGACGCCCACCGAGUUCUACCCGUCGCUGACCGACGGGCCCAAACUGGCGGACAGGACAAAGUUUAUAUACAACCUGGAGGACCACGAGUUCUGUGAAAACAUGGAGUCCGUUUUAUAGAAAUAAAGGACAUCGAAGAGGUUUAUAUUCUCUCAGAGGAAUAUUUUAUGGUUUUAAUCUUCUUUUGUUUGAAAGAAGUUUGUUUUUUUUUUGUUUUUUUUGGUCAAGGCGAUCUAUUUAACGGACCCCCCAGGUCUCGGGAGCUCUCCGCCGCGCUCCACAUCCUCGGUAAACUUUCGAAAAGGGUCCACUGUAGUCGUUUACGUUAUCAGCGAGGUGUUGUCAAGUGUUGCCAGUGAAUUCCCGUGUUGACUUGGUGGUAGAGGACGGCUGCGGUUCCGGUCCGGGCCGGGCCGGCUCAGUCCUAGUUCUUCAUUAGCGAGCGGACGCCGCGCUACUACGUACUAGAGUUGCCAUAUUGUUUUAGAAUCUGUCACGGUUUCCAGUGAAGAAAAAAAAAUGACAGUUUAGUUUGGUUUUUUUUCUCAGUCAGCACUGUGUGAUCUGUCUGUCACUCUCAAGAAAAAAAAACACAAAGGUUUGUAUGGUUACAACUAAAAAAAAUACAAAAAAAAGUUUGAUUAAUUCUCCAGUUCUUUGUUUUUGAGAGUUGCCAAGUGUUUACAGACUAGUAGUUCAAGGGUCAAUGCGGUUUAUUUUUGGUUUUUUUUUAUUUCAGAGAACAGAAACGGCCCGACUGGGUUGUUUUAGUGGCCUAUUAGACGUUCUAACUGUGCAGUUUCUUGUUCUCUCGCUGGAUCGUAGACACUGUUAUCGAUGCUCCGCACACGAGACGGCCGAGUCCCGUCUCUUCAAGGCGCAACCGUGCAAUUCAGACCUGAUCCGUCUCCGGUUACUGGUAGUGUGUGUGUGUUCUUAUUCCCACGUUCGUCUCGUCGACGUCUGCAGAGUUUUAUUCAGCCUAAUAUGUCUUAAUAAGGGAUUAAUUCAGUAGGAAUGUUAAUU